GGGGGGAGGGGGCGCGAAGAGGGGAGCCCCGAGACCAAAAGCCCGGGCCCCAGCUGCUGCAAAACCAAGCGAAUUCCGAGCCUCGGCUGCAGGGCACUCUUAUUUUCAUGUAUCUUGUAGAACCCCCACUUGGACAUGCUGACAGCAGGCUUCAGGACACCUGAGCCCCACUAGACAUCAAGAACACCCAUGGCUUUGGCUGCAUCAUUCAACAUGACCAAUCCACAGCCUGCCAUUGAAGGAGGAAUUUCUGAAGUUGAGAUCAUCUCCCAACAAGUAGAUGAAGAAACCAAGAGCAUUGCUCCCAUGCAGCUGAUGAACUUUACCUAUCGAGACUUGCCCCUGGCUGCUAUAGACCUCUCCACAGGGGGCUCACAGCUCCUGUCGAAUCUAGAUGAAGAGUACCAAAGAGAAGGGUCUAACUGGCUGAAGCCAUGCUGUGGGAAGAGAGCAGCCGUAUGGCAGGUAUUUUUGCUCAGUGCAAGUCUCAACAGUUUCCUGGUAGCCUGUGUAAUAUUGGUGGUGAUUCUCCUGACUCUGGAACUUCUAAUAGAUAUAAAGCUUCUCCAGUUUUCCAGUGCAUUCCAGUUUGCUGGUGUCAUUCAUUGGAUCAGUCUGGCCAUUCUCUCUGUGUUCUUCUCAGAGACUGUUCUACGGAUUGUGGUGCUGGGAAUCUGGGAUUACAUUGAAAACAAAAUAGAGGUGUUUGAUGGAGCUGUGAUUAUCUUGUCCUUGGCCCCCAUGGUGGCAUCCACUGUGGCCAAUGGACCCAGGAGCCCCUGGGAUGCCAUUAGCCUCAUCAUCAUGCUCCGGAUCUGGAGAGUAAAGAGGGUCAUCGAUGCUUACGUCCUGCCAGUGAAGAUGGAGAUGGAGAUGGUCAUCCAGCAGUAUGAGAAGGCUAAGGUCAUCCAAGAUGAACAGCUGGAGAGACUGACACAAAUCUGUCAGGAGCAAGGGUUUGAGAUCCGGCAGCUGCGUGCACACCUGGCACAGCAGGACCUGGACCUGGCUGCAGAGCGGGAGGCGGCUCUGCAGGCCCCACAUGUGCUCAGCCAACCACGCAGCCGCUUCAAGGUCGUGGAGGCCAGCACCUGGGAUGAGGAGACCGCAACAGAAAGCGUGCUGGAGGAGCUGAGGCCUUCUCAAGAAGCUGUGGUGAAAGAUGACAUGAACAGUUACAUCAGUCAGUACUACAAUGGGCCCAGCAGUGACAGCAGCAUCCCAGAACCAGGAGUAUGUGUGGUCACCACAACUGCCAUAGACAUCCACCAGCCCAGCGUCUCCUCAGACUUUGUCUCAGUCGACCUGCGUCUGAAGUUUGGUGGCAACGGCACUUGCACCAGUGCCACCUCUGAGAGUGCCUGCCACUCUACCUGCAGCUCUGUCACCAGGGCCCAGAGUGCCAGCAGCCAGACGCUGGGUUCCUUUACAGACUGUAUCACCACCCGAGAAGACCCAUCCUCUGAGCCUGGCCCCUCUCCCCUGCCACUGUUGCCACACCCCCAGCAGCAGGUAGCAGAGGCCACAGUCCAGGAUCUGAUGUCUUCUCUGUCAAAGGACCCCUGCCCAGCACAUAGGGCCUUGGACCCAACCCCCCUAGCCUGGCCUAACCCAGCCGACUCAGCCCAGACCAGUCCUGAGCUGGAGCACAGGGUAAGUCUGUUUAACCAGAAGAACCAAGAGAACCUCCCUGUCUUCCAGAUCAAGCCUGUCAUCCACUUCCAGCCCACUACAGCUGGACUGGAGGAGAAGUUCAGAUCUUUGGAAUCCAAAGAACCAAAGUUGCAUAGGGUCCCUGAAGCCUAGAGCCUGCAGCUUGUUAAGUGAUAAGAGGGCAGACAGCCAUCUCAAAGCUCUCUUGGGACCCCAGAGGCCAUCCAGGGCCACACAUGGGGCUCAGGAUCCUGCCUGGUCUCCCUCAGGGUGCUGCCUGCCUCCAGGGGUAUGAUGCCAGGCCAGGAGGCCACAUGCCUCAGACCUCAACGCCCAGAGCUGGCGCCUCCUCUCGGCCUACUCAGGAGGGUGGUGCUCAUGGCUGGGGUUUUUCUUGGUUUUUUUAAUUUUGUUUUUUAAUCAUUUUUACAAAAACCAGCCAAUGGCCAAGCUUCAGCAGGGUAGAGUGUGGGGGCCAGCUCAGCCUCUUUUGUUGCCUUCGUUCCUGAUGCCCACCCUGGACCCUUGGGAACAGCACUGUGAGCAGGGAUUGCCCAGCCCCACCCCAAGCUGUCUUUUUCCAGGAACACUGGGGGAGCCGACACGAUCACAGAGACCGCCAUCUGAGCCUGUCUCAUCUUCCACUCUCCCAGUUCAGCAUGAACAUUUCCAAGGCUUUUCAAGACAAGUCUAGUUUUCACC